AUGCCACGCUUCAAUUCCCUUCCAAACUUCCAUAAUCUGUACCUCUCGAUCUCUACAUAUAUCUAUUAAUCUUUCUUCAAGAUCCCACCAACUUGCAGACCUCGAUCUCCAAGUUUUUGAAGAUCCAAGAUGAGCAAGGAACAGGAAGGGAGGCCUCUAGAUGAGAAGGAAGAACCCAUCAAAUACGGCGACGUUUUCAACGUCUCGGGCGACCUCGCGUCCAACCCCAUUACACCACAGGACGCCGCCAUGAUGCAGACUGCCGAGAGCAUGGCGCUGGGACAGACCCAGAAGGGCGGACCGGCUGCCGUCAUGCAAUCCGCGGCUACUCGAAACGAGAGAGCCGGUCUUGUCGGUCACCUCGACUUCAGUGACGUCGCCGGAGACCAAGGCGUCAAUGUUACAGAGAUCGAUGUCCCUGGAAGACGCAAAAUCACCGAAUCAGUUGCUGGACAAGUUGUUGGGAAGUACUAUGUGCAAUCAGCACCAGUGGAACAAGUGGCAGUUGAGGUAAUCGAACAGAGUACAAUUACUAUAGGGGAAGCACUGGAAGCCAGUGCACAGUCAGCAGGAAACAAGGCGGUGGAUCAGAGUGACGCGUCCGCGAUUGAAGCUGCGGAGGUGAGCGCAACGGGUACUAAUGUUAUAACCCCAGGUGGGCUCGCCGCCACGGCUCAGUCUGCAGCGACGUACAAUGCCCGAGUAGAUCGAGACGAAGAUAAGAUAAAGCUGCGCGAUGUUUUGACGGGUGCAACCUCAAAGUUGCCUGUGGACAAGGCAGUGACUCGGGAGGAUGCUGAAGGAGUGGUGAGUGCGGAGCUAAGGAACAAUCCGAAUCCGGUGACUCAACCGGGGGGAGUGGCGGCGUCAGUGGCGGCAGCUGCUAGGCUCAAUGAGAGCGUAAAUGUUUGAGGUUGAAAGUUAGGCCCCAGUUUAUAUAUAUUAAUUAAUUUGUAUGGCCUUCUAAUUAUGGUGUUCAUUAAUUAAUGUAUGCGUGUUUCUUUCUUUAAUUAGCUAGCGUUUCUUUGACA